CCACGCUAGCCCCGCCCCGUCUGUCAGUACGAGGAAGCCGCGUCCCCACGCGCCGCCUAGCCCAGGCCCCGCCUCCCACCCUGUGCCCUGGACCCUCGCCCCGGCGGCGCCACCAGAGCGACCCACGUCCCGAGGGCUGCAGACUGCACCCGGGAGCGGAAGAGCGACAUGGCGGCAGCGGCCAAGCCCGAGAAUCUCUCCGUGGUGGUGCAUGGGCCCGGGGAUUUGCGCCUGGAGAACUAUCCUAUCCCUGAACCAGGCCCAGAUGAGGUGCUGAUCAAGAUGAAUUCUGUUGGAAUCUGCGGCUCAGAUGUCCACUACUGGCAGCAUGGUCGAAUUGGGGAUUUUAUUGUGAAAAAGCCCAUGGUGCUGGGGCAUGAAGCUUCAGGAACAGUUGUAAAAGUGGGAUCACUGGUAAAGCACCUAAAACCAGGUGAUCGCGUUGCCAUAGAGCCUGGAGCUCCCCGAGAAACCGAUGAAUUCUGCAAGAUUGGCCGAUACAAUCUGUCGCCGUCCAUCUUCUUCUGUGCCACUCCCCCUGAUGAUGGGAACCUCUGCUGGUUCUACAAGCACAAGGCAGCCUUCUGCUACAAGCUUCCCGACAAUGUCACCUUUGAGGAAGGGGCCCUGGUCGAGCCACUUUCUGUGGGAAUUCAUGCCUGCAGGCGAGGCGGAGUUACCCUGGGGAACAAGGUCCUUGUCUGUGGAGCUGGGCCAAUUGGGCUGGUCUGUUUACUUGUGGCCAAGGCGAUGGGAGCAGCUCAAGUAGUGAUGACUGAUCUGUCUGCCUCUCGGUUGUCCAAAGCCAAGGAGGUCGGGGCUGAUUCAGUCCUCCAUAUCUCCAAGGAGAGCCCUCAGGAAAUUGCCAGGAAAGUGGAAGGUCUGCUGGGAUGCAAGCCAGAAGUCACCAUCGAGUGCACGGGGGCUGAGUCCUCCAUCCAGGCGGGCAUCUACGCCACUCGCUCUGGUGGGACCCUGGUGCUUGUGGGGCUGGGCUCUGAGAUGACUACAGUACCUCUUGUGCACGCAGCCAUCCGGGAAGUGGAUAUCAAGGGCGUGUUUCGAUACUGUAACACGUGGCCAAUGGCGAUUUCGAUGCUUGCGUCCAAGUCUGUGAAUGUGAAGCCUUUAGUCACCCAUAGGUUUCCUCUGGAGAAAGCUCUAGAGGCCUUUGAAACAUCCAAAAAGGGAUUGGGGCUGAAAGUCAUGCUCAAGUGUGACCCGAAUGACCAGAAUCCCUGAUGUGAAUUUGGUUCAGCCGUCAUCCCCAUCUCAGGACUGAAGGGCUAGGCAGGGGUGGACUCUGAUGCAGAAAUUUCUUUGGAAUGGUAGGAAUAAUUAUAAUAAUUCAUUAUAAGCAGAUAGCCUUACCCAGAGGAGUUGGUGUGCCUUAAAGAUAAAAGUUGGGAUAGUUUGGGGGAACUUGUAACCAGAAUGGCCUGUUCACACUGAGCAAAGUUCAACAAGUAGAGCAGAGUUUAGCAAGCAGGUGCCAAGAACUCCCCUUCUUCCUGGAGUACCUUCCCUGAGUAAGGAGAGAAAUCUGGCUCUUGGGUUCCUUGUUCCACCUGUGAUUGGUCAAGAGUUGGGUGGAGACUGAGUUAUGAAGAGACAACUUCAUCAAGACUUAACUGGCCCAUAAGCUGAUUUUUGUGAAAAUCUGCCACUCAGACAAUCUGGGAUGAGGGAUCAUCAGCAUUUUUAAUUUAGAGCAUAAGGUUUCUUUUCUUUCGUUUUUUUUUAGAUUGGAAAAUAUCAUUUAUUUAGAAA